UUGGAUCACGUCCUAAUUUGCGUGCUUCCUGCCUCAGCCUCUGCUCAGCGCGUGUCCGUAUUUCCAUACAGGUGCGUCCUCGGCUCCAGCCUUCAUUUGACUGUCAAACCAGGCGGCGGGGCUCCUUUUCUCCGCCCUGCGCAUCGCGCAUCCAGUCGCUACCAGAGAGGAGCGCAGGGGAGUGCCCUGCGCCGCGGACAGCCGACACACACGCACAACCUCCUCCUCCUCCUCCUCCUCCUCUUCUUCUUCUUCCUUUUUGUACUAAAGCCGGACUCAUCUACCGGAGACACUCCACUGUUCUCCCGUCUGUCAGCGGUUCUUGUCGCUGUUAAAGCCCAGUCUGCAUCCUUCAUCAACCGGCUGUACACGAAAUCGACCAGCGGUCCUCUCCGGUAGGCCUGACGCGGUAUCAUUAUGGAGGAGCUAGACGUCCCACAGAUGAGGAGAGAAGUGGAAAGCCUUCAGUAUCAGCUGGCAAUCAACAGAGAGAAGUCCUCCAUCACUGUUACAGAGCUGGUGAAGUGGAUCGAGGGAUGUGUUUGUGAAGAUCCAUUCCUGAACCCCGAGCUGAUGAGAGCCAACCCCUGGGUUGAGAAGGGCAAGUGUGUGAUCCUCUAGUGGUCACACACACACACACACACACACACCACACACACACACACACACACACACACACACACACACCACACACACACACACACACAUACAUACACACAAAACCACGGAUGCAUAGAAACUAAAGAAUCACGCACUCCUACACACAGUCACGCUGCACUAACUUUCUCUCUUUCUCUCACACACACACACAUUAUUGCUAAUUAUGAUGUUUAUUUAUUUGGAGACUCCUGAAUGCUGUUAAUUUAUGUGAAGAUUCCUGUGUGUGUGAGUGUACAGCACUGAGUAGCUUUCUAGAGGUUUGUUUUGAUGGACUGCUGGGAAAUGUUCAAAAACACAAUGUUUUUAUUGGCUCUUUACACUGUCAAUCAAAAUAAAGACUGUUUUGAAUUUAA